UCUAGUGCUUCCACAAGGACACACUUAAACCUGCUGGAAAGAAACACACUGACAUGGAGCAAUUCCAUAACUUUUUUACUCUGCAUCUCUUGAGGCAAACGACAGAGUAGGAUUUAGCAAAGGAUUACACCUAUAUGUGGGGGAUUAAAAUUUAUGGAGAGCUAAGAUUUUCCUUUCCAAUGGAUAAUAAUGCUGUUUUGGGGUACAAACCAAUUACUAAGACUCUCCUUAAAAUUAAAUUCCCACAUCACCGUUCAUUAUGCAUAUUUGGUAUCUCUGAAAUGCUCAGUCCUGGCUAAAGGCAGGCUGGUGUUUCAUCAGGCAUGAUUGUCUGACACUUCUCAAAUUGUUUCUGCAAAACUAAGGUGUAAAUAAAUAAUAAAUUAUAUGCCUUCCAGAGAUUAAAAACAUAAAUUCUUACACAGCUCUAGCAAAAGACAAACAAAGUUAUAAAACCUGCUUUGAAACUUGACUAAAGGUUGAGGGAGUUGGGUCUGUUGAGCUGGGGAAGAGAUAGCUUUGAUGAGACCUUAGAACAGCCUUCCAGUACCUAAAGAGACUACAAGAAAAUUUUACAAGAACAUAGUGGUAGGACAAGGGGUAAUGUGUUCAAACUGAAAGAGGGUAGGUUUAGAUUAGAUAUUAGGAAGAAAUUCCUUACUGUGAAGAUGUGAGGCUCUGGAACACACUUUCCAGAGCUGUGGAUGCCCCAUCCCUGGGUGUGUUCAAGGCCAGGCUGGAUGGGGCUCUGAGUAACCUGGGAUAAUGGAAGGUGUCCCUGCCCAUGGCAGGGGGUUUGAACUAGAGGGUCUUUAAGGUCUCUACUAACCUAAACCAUUCUAUGAUCCUAUGGACACCCCCAAGACCCUCUCCCUAGGGCUGCUCCCAACCCCUUUUUCACCCAGCCUAUAUUUGUGUUUGGGAUUGUCCUGAUCCACAUGGAGGACCUUAUAUGUGGCCUUGUUGAACUUCAUAAGGUCUGCAUGGUCCCACCUCUCAAGCCUGUCCAGGAUGGAAUCUCUUCCCUCCAGCAUGUUGACUGCACCACACAGCUGGGUGCCAUCAGCAAAGCUGCUGAGAGUGCCCUCAAUGCCACUGCCCCCAUUGCUAACAAAAUGUUAUAUAGUGCCAGUCCCAGUCCAAAUAUCUUUAUUACAAGGUGUUUAUAGAAAGAAGGCUGAACAGAAAAGAUGCAAGGCAACACUCCUGUGUAUUAUCACUGCAGUUAAAAUAGUUGUUUGCAGUAUUCUCAAAGGACAAGUGCUACAAUAUGGAUUGCAACAGGGGGAUUUUUAUUCUCCCCUGGCAACCAAGUAUUUGUACUCUGUGAUGAUAAUAGAAGACAGAAUAAACAGGGCUAAAGCACUGGAGAAACUAAAUAGAGAAAGGCUUUGGGAAUUAUCUGAUUUCUUGAUUAUCCUGCUGACCUGAAUUUUUCAAGCACUAUCUUUUUCUUCCGGUCUUUUCUUUUGAUCCCCGCAGAAGACAAAGGGCUGAACUUGAUACUGGCACAUAUUUUUGUCUUCUACUAAGGAAGCUGUGUGUAUAUAUGCAACUUAGUGAUGUAUUUGAAGUGCUUAGGCCUGAUCUAACUUGUGAUCUUGAUCAACUAGUACCUUUCUUUGAUGUAAAGAAUAAUAAUUGUAUUUCCAAUUAAAAUAGUGAAACUCUUUUUAAAUAAUUGAUUUUUAUCUCUUGGAGAACAUCUGAGUUGUAUCUUCUGGUAAAAAUCCAAGGCCUACAGAAAGUCCACUAAAAUGCUAAUUUAUUCAUUUUACCAUACACCUUCUCCUGAUUAUAUAUGUAGUUUUAUAAUUUAUGCCCUAGCACACUGCUCCAGUGUAAAUAUUAUUCCUUUAUUUUUUCUCACUCUUGACAUUUUUAUUGACUAUGAACUUGUUUCAUUAAUGAGUAAGUAAUUUUAAAGACUUCUACUUUCCCUUAACUAACCUUGCCUCUCUAGUGAUUUCUCCAUGUAUUUAUAUUUAUCUUUCAAAUUUUUCCUUGUCCUUAGUGCUCCACAAAUUUUUUUCAAAUUCAAGCCACUUUAAUCUGCUCUUCACAGCCAAAACAAGUUCCUUUACUUGCUUCACUUCUGUUACACUGAUCCAGUUCUGAUUAAAUGGAUAGCUACAGGGAAAAACCAUCAGAAAUCUCCAUUCCACUAAUAAUCAUAAUUAACUCUUUGCAGAUCAAGUGUUUAAAAAUGUUCUAGCCACACGACUAAGAAGAAAUAAAACGAACCCAAACCAAAGAACACCUGAUCUCAUUUACUUGAAAGAGUUUUAUCUCAGACUCUCCCUAUCCACUUGCUAUUAGUAUGGGAUUAUUUUUGUUAGUUUACUGGCAAUGUGUUGAGCACAGCAAUUUCUAGCUGGGCAAGAUGCCCACUGAUGUUAAUGAUGUUAUGCCAACUUGCACUUUGCUGCAGGAACCUGAACCAUAGAUGCUGUGAUACUGUCAUUCAGUGUAUCAAACUUAACAUUUUGCUCCAAUUACAAUAACAGCCAGAACUACAUUUUCAUUCUCUAAGAUCGGAGUAUUUGUCCAGCAUUUCAUUGCUGCUAAUGUAGAAACCCAGGGAGUGCACUCUGGUGGUUGAGGACUGCUGUGGGCAGAUCUUCAGCACACAAAGCAAUCUCAUCCAGAAUUCCAGGCACUCCUGGGGUUCACUUCUUGCUACUGGCACAUUGGUUUUAAAUACACCCUGCCUGUAAUAACCUCAGCCCAACCUCACAGAUGUAUUCAGAAGUAGUGUCCUCCUCUAUUGUCGGAAAUACCCAUUUCCAAUACUGCAAUCUUCAGACUUGGCUAAUGAAUGUUGUUGUGAGUUAUUAGCUGAUUAAGACACAAAUGUUUCAAUCAAGUGGUUUAUGAAAUACUUCACAGAAAGCAAAAUACCUUUAUUCAGGCAGACCAGAACCAGGCAUAAGGUAUAAAGGAUUUGUGGUUUAGUUUUUCUGAUCCUUAAUUUAGUUCCCAAAAUACUCUUGUUCAAGCUGCCAGGCUUUUGGUAAUCAGCUCUUGAGGGCAACUCAAAAUUCAGCGUCUCUCAGUGGGAAUAAUGAAGUGGCCAUACUGAUAUAGGAGUAAAUGCCUAUUUAACCAUAGAACAUUUCUACUUAGUUAGAGAAGUCUAACCCAUGAUAUCAGAGGACAACUGAAAUUUUACUUCACAGGUACAGAAACUUCCCUGAAAUUAAACCUAUAGGAAGCUUACUUGUUGUUAAACACUGCAUUAUCAGAUACUGAUAUCAGAUGCAAUGAAACAGGUCCCUUCCUGUCUCUUUUUCUCCUCUAUAUCCUUAUUUUUCUUUUGAGAGAGACUAGGUUGCUUUUCUUUACCAAAAUUCUAAAUCUACAGUAAGCAUACAAACCACCCUUUGCACUGAUGAUGACAUAUUUAUCCCCCAAAGAUGAUCAACAAUAAAUGGAAUUUGAAUUUACUCUGACUUUUUUUGUUUGUUGCCUUUUUGUAUUCUUGACCAUUUUCCCUUCUAGAGAAGCACAUGCCAGCUUAUUCAGAAAAGUUUGGCAUACCUAUGACCUCUUAUUUGCUCCACAGAAGAUGACAGUGCAAGAUGUUCCUCGUGCCUUUCCCACAGUGGAUGUCCCAGAUCAUGCCCAUUAUACAAUUGGAGUUGUCAUUCUUAUAGUGGGGAUUACAGGAACUCUGGGUAAUUUCCUGGUCUUCUAUGCUUUCUGCAGGAGUAGGAGCCUUCAGACCCCAGCCAACAUACUCAUCAUCAAUCUAGCUAUUAGUGACUUCCUGAUGUCCAUUACACAGUCUCCAGUUUUUUUCACCAGCAGCCUCUACAAACACUGGAUUUUUGGCGAGAAAGGCUGUGAGCUGUAUGCCUUCUGCGGAGCUCUUUUUGGCAUUACAUCUAUGAUCACUUUGACGGUGAUUGCCUUGGACAGAUAUUUUGUCAUCACUAAACCUCUGGCUUCUGUUGGAGUGACGUCAAAGAAGAAGGCCCUAAUAAUCCUAGUAGGAGUCUGGCUGUACUCUUUGGCUUGGAGUCUCCCACCCUUCUUUGGAUGGAGUGCGUAUGUUCCUGAGGGUUUGCUGACUUCCUGUUCCUGGGACUACAUGACUUUCACACCAUCAGUCCGUGCCUACACAAUGCUGCUUUUCUGCUUUGUCUUUUUCAUUCCUUUGAUUGCUAUCAUAUACAGCUAUGUCUCUAUCUUUGAGGCUAUCAAGAAGGCCAACAAGUCUAUUCAAACAUUUGGAUGCAAACGUGGAAAUAAAGAGUUCCAGAAACAGUAUCAGAGGAUGAAAAAUGAAUGGAAGAUGGCCAAAAUUGCACUGAUUGUCAUCUUGUUUUUUGUCAUUUCCUGGUCACCAUACUCUAUUGUUGCUCUGGUAGCUUUUGCUGGGUAUUCCCAUGUCCUAACACCUUUAAUGAACUCCAUACCAGCUGUGAUUGCCAAAGCUUCUGUCAUCCAUAACCCCAUCAUUUAUGCCAUCACUCACCCCAAAUACAGAAGAGCCAUUGCAACAUAUGUUCCUUGCCUUGGACCCCUACUGAGAGUUUCUCCUAAAGACUCACGGUCCUUCAGCAGUUACCACUCCUCCAGACGAGCGACCGUAACCAGCCAGUCUUCUGAGAUAAGUGGGCUGCAGAAAGGAAAAAGGAGAUUGUCUUCUCUCUCUGACAGUGAAUCAGGCUGUACUGAAACAGAAACCGAUACUCCCAGUAUGUUCUCCAGACUUGCCAGAAGACAAAUUUCCUAUGAAACAGAGAAAGACACAACUCAGGCUACCGACAUAAGAGCCAAACUGACAAGCCAGGAUUCUGGGAAUUGUGGGAAGACAGCUGUAGAUGCUGAUGACAUAUUGAUGGUGGAACUGAAUGUCACAGAGUACACGGCUACACCUACUCAAUCAUCUAAAACAUGCAGCUUGGAGGAAAUCAAGAAAAGUCAGAGCCUGAACAGUAUUGGACAAAGAAAAGGAGAGUCUCACCAGGGAUCAUCUUCAGCCCAGAUACCCAGUAUUACAAUAACAUGCAGCAGUGUCCAAGGAGUAGAGCUGCCUUCUAGAUACAACUCUGAUUUCCUGUACCCUAAAUCCAUCAGUCACAAGCAGAACAAGAAGUCCAGCAGUUGAGUGGUGCAAGUCAGAACAUCACUUUAGCCAACAGCUCUGGAGCAGCUGUGGACUGGCUGAAUCCAGAAUACUUUCCUAGAUUGGUCUGAAAUGCUCCUACAAAGACACAGCACAAGUCAAGCAAGGAUAUAAACAAGAGGAGUGAUCUUUUCAGCAACAGAACUCUCUCCAAUGGAUCACAUCUUGAUCUGAGUCACACUGUAAUUUCAGUAUUUCUUCUUUAUGCAGCUCAUGAAAAAAUUUCUUUCAUUUGGACUUUAUUCUGCUUAUGUACAUUCCCACCACAGAUACAGACCUUACCUAGAAGUCUUCUAGGAUUAACUUGAGAGGGAAAGAAGUAUGAUAAUUCAAAACUGGCUUUGUUCACCUAGUGUAUUAACUUCAAAACUAUUACAGAGCUAAAGCUGAGAAUUUUGGGGGGAAAUGUACAUUACUUCCUGAAGAUGGUUUCUUCAUUAUUUUGAAGUUUCUCAACCAAAUGUAAACUUAAUUACACAGUCAGUGAUCCCUUCUCUCAUUAAUGAUACCUUUCCCCCCAUUUUCUUCUACAAUCCAAUGAAAGGCAAUGCACUUUAGCAGUAAUUUGAAGCCUCAUAGCUUUAUUUCAAUUUCUGAGACAGGGAAAGAGAAAGCAGUAACACUUGAGGAAAAGGCUAUGGUCCUUUCCAUACUUAGCUUCUUUUCCAACAGUGGCUUAAAAGAUGAUUUUAACCCAUUCUCAGCUAACUUCCCCAGAGCUAUAGGAGAUUAUUAUAAAACUCCUUCUGACUUUCCUUUAGCAGGUUUCAUGAGAAGAAUGCAGAAUACAAAGCAAUGUUUGUACUGAAAUGUCUUAUAGGUAAGUCAAUAUAUGUGUUUUCUGAUACUUCAAAGUUGUUUACCCUUUGAUGUGCUUUUCUAAAGUAAGUAUUGGGAGGAGAAGGUUUAGUUCCCCAAAAAUUGUUGUUCUAGCGAUGUAUGAAAUCCACAUCACCCCUACUUUGGCAUUUUCAUUUUCCCCUUUUCUAAGCAGCAGCAUUUGUAUAGCUGAGGGUUUUCUUCCACAGUGACUAAAUCCACAAGAUUGUACUUCUUUCCCCUAAAAGGAAAGGGGAAGAAUUCUAUCAGUAUUGACUUUCAGCUUUUCUUUGGUGUCUCUUCGACUGCGUAAGAGGAAGUGAACAAAAUUCAUUUGCAAUCAUAGCAGUCGAUCCAAAGUAGGGCUAAGCCCAAAAGAACAGGGCAGAAAGUGCUGUUGAAACAGUUCUUCCCCAUAGGCCCUCCAGCAGCUCUCCCUUUGGUUGCAAUAAUGGAGGGAACCCAGCAAAGCAUUUUGUCCUGAGUCAAUCGAUUCUUCCCUGUGUCACAUCAGAAAAAGCCAUGAAAUCAAUAAAAAUGUAAUGAGCUUAUUGUUUUGAGAGGAAAAAUCAGUUGGUUAAAAUCAGAAGGUCAGGGGCAUUGCUUUGAAGUAAACUACUGGAAACUUAGGUCAAUCUGAGGUUUAUUAAAAGGAAGGUUAUUAAAACUAAAAAUGAAGGAGACAAUGACUUCUGCAGCAGAUAAAUGUUAGAUCAAGAAAAAAGUGAGCCAUUCAGGCUGGUAAUAAACUACCAAAAGCAACACACUGUUCAAAAUCCACAGUGUUUUCAUAUAAAUGAAAUCAUAGGCAUCAGAGAUGGAAAGGAGUUGUUAGAAUCUCUCCCUUCACUUACUAAAACAGGAUAUUGUCUCCCAGCAGAGGACAAUAUUAAACUAAUAUAAACAGCUAGCAAUAAGGAGAAAUAAGAGAGAAAACAUCUUCAAACAGGAAGCAAGUUCAAAGAUAUUCCUCAAGUCUAAUGAGUUCUAUUAUGAUUUAUUGCUGAGGCUUUUAAAAAUAUUUAAAAGCAUGAAACAUGUAUUUCUUUCUUUAUUAUGAAGGCCAAUGACAGUACUAAAAGAUGGGAAGAAACAUUAGCAAAUGCUGUCUGUUUCAUAUGGGUCACAAAGGACUGAACCUGUCAAGAAAACAGGUCCAACUCACACAUGCUGUUUGAUGUGUUAACAAGGAGUGUAUGAUACGUGUCACUAAUAGCUAGAUCCUUUACUCCAGUCAUGAUUUUGUUCCAAGCAGUAUUCUUCAAGACUGCACUCUGCGCUCUUCUGCAUUCUCUUCCACUUUUAGAGGGUAUAAAAAGAAUACUUCCAUGGCUAGAAGAGCUUUAUGAAUCCACAGCAUGUUGUUCUCUGUAUCCUUCAACUCCAACAUGUAUUAGAGAUUACUUUGUAUCUAUAAAAAGAACUACAGCUGUUCAUGCUCAUCUACUUACAAGAGACUUGUAAAGCAUAUAUUAAUUAGGGAGAAUUUGUAUGUGAGCACUUCAAAACCCUUGUGUGUACUCUCUGUGUAACUAACAGCUUUGCCUUCCCUUCACCUCUGCUGUGUCUAUAAAAAUCAUACAGGGGAAAGCCUAAAAAAUUCAUCUCAUCUGAAUAUCUCUACAAGUGGUUCACACUGUAACCCCUGCGGCAUUUGGAAUAAAUCAUUAUUAGUUCAUAUUUCAUCUCAUCCUAGCAGAUUUAUUUGUGUCCUGUAUCCUCCACUUGGCAGCCAUUCUCUUGGUUUUGCUGUCUCUUUACACCCUUCAACACAGAUGACUGACUGAUUGGAUUAAAAUAAUUCAGGACUGAGAUGAUUCACGUUUCACUUGAAGUCAACUGUACAGGCUGUUCUGCAGAGACCGCCUGUAGUUUACCAUGCACUUGGACAUGUUCCAGUGACUUGGAGUGUGAAAGGACUAGGGCAAAUCUGAGACACUUCCCUUUGGCCUUUUGUACUCCAGCAGCUGCUCACAGAGCAGGCUGCUGGCAAAGGCAAUGGCAAGUGGUGCUGGGAAUUAAACACACAAGCUCUGCCCUUUCAGGGGGGCACAAACUCAGGCUUGGGUCACCAGCGAAACUGUUUGGUCUGAUCAUUCAAGCAAUUCUGCAAAACUGCUGAGCAACUGGUCACUACUGCUGGACCUGCAAAGGACGUGCCAAGAGCCAGUGUAAUGAACGGCUGCUGCAAGCCAAGACUGAAGGACUGCAUAAGACAGCAGCCACACGUUGCCAAUCUUUCCAAUUUUCACAUACAACCAGGGUCUUACUCCCUGUGUUUUCACAUUCCAUACUUUUGGAAACUUUUUUACACCCACCACUGAACUUAAAAGUGUCAUCAUAGAAUAUGACAUUGAGUAUUGACAUUUCACACAUUCUCAAGUAAGACAGAAUAGCAAACAGUAUCUUCCUUUAAGUAAUGUUCAAAACCUACAGCAAGCUUGACAUUCAGAAGUAAACAAAGACACCUUCAAUGCUUUUCUGGGUGUUUCUAGAGAUUUAGGGUGUAACAUAGGUAAGUCAUCAUUCCCAUGUGUGCCCAUUUUCCUCAGGGUGCUUGGUGCCAUUUUUUCCUCAGGCCAUCCCAAGAAGUGCCACCACGACCCCUCAUCCUCUGAUCCCUCAGUGAAAGGUACUGCUGUCCCAGUAACCCUGAUGGGGCACCUAUCUGUCUCUGCUGCUGAAACCACUGCUGAGAGAGGGCCCCUAUCUGCAAUGCAAUGUUAGUAUCAAAUAGUGGUAUUUCAGUGGCUGGUAACAAGUAUCUCUGUUGAAACCCUUGUGUUUGUAGCCUUGGAGUUGCUAUUGUCAUAGGAAUGUUAUAAAUAGGUUUAUAUAAAAGCAGUCUUGAAACAAGUAAAUUCUUAUUAGUGUCAUUCUGAGCAACUUUAGACAUGAGCCGCAAUCCUGUACACUAAAUGAUUACUGUGCUUCCCUUACCCCCUCGAAUUUAUAAUCUAAAUGCUCAUUUUCAAAUGUAUGUGGACUUCACAGCU